UCAUCUGAACCAUUUCAGGUUUUCUUUUUAUCCAACUCUUCUUGGCGUUGCUAUGGCAUCGAGAGAUCGCAAUCCCAGUUCCCCGCCGAGCUCCCCUGACUCCACUGAGGAAGAGAUAUGUUUAUACGCGAAUAUCAUAAAGACAGUAGCCUUAAAAGUUAAAAGACAUGAGACAAUUAGCAAUAUCAAAGCAUUGUUACUUGAGAAGGCAGACAUUUCUGAGAAUCUUCAGGAGCUCUUUUUGGCUGGUAAUCGGCUGAUGAAUGAUCAGAGGCUAGUUGAUUAUGGUAUUCAGCAGGACUCCACUGUCGACCUUGUUCUUCAGAAUGCAUGUGGAACGAGAAUAUAUGUUAAAUCACCUUUGGAUCACAAAAACAUUGCAAUUGAAGCAAGAUCUUUUGACACUAUCCAAAAUAUCAAAUCAAUCAUUCAAGCCAAGGAGGGGAUUCAACCAGAUCAAUACACUCUUAUCCACAAUGGUAAAGUUCUUGAAGAUGAAAGAAUUCUAUCCUCACUCAAUAGUCCAAAUGAAAUAACCUUUCAUUUGGUUUUCCAUCCAAAAGAUGGCUACCCAAUUUUUGUGAGAACAGUGGAUGGAGAGAUGUUGAAACUUGAAGUUAAAGAUUUGUUUACCAUUCGUGAUGUCAAAACAAUAGUUGAGAGCAUGACUAGUGUGAACUUUAGUUGGGUUCUGAUCUAUGCAAGAAAGCAGCUUGAGGAUUGCAAGACUUUGGCUUCUUAUGAAAUCAAAGAAGAAGCCAUCUUAGAGAUGUUUCCUAAGAUUAUCCAAAUAUUUGCUACGACAGAGCAUGGGAGGACCGUUGCUCUUGACGUAGAACUAUGUGAGACCAUCAAAGAUGUUAAGGACCAGAUUACUUUUAAACUGAUAGGGUUUGGUGCCAGCAGAAACCAUUGUUGGGAUCUGUUCUAUGCAGGGAAGCAACUUGAGGAUGGGAGGACUUUGGCUUCUUAUGACAUAAGAGAAGAAGCUUUCCUAAAGGUGUAUCCUACCAAGGUCCAGAUAUUUGUUAGGGCACAGGAUAGGAAGAUCAUUACUCUUGACGUAGAACUAAAUAACACCAUCAAAGAUGUCGAGGACAAGAUUUAUUGGGAACUGACAGGUGACGUGGUCAAUGAAUGGAAUCUGAUAUAUGCAGGAAAGCAACUGGAGGUUUGGCGUACUUUGGCGUCUUAUGACAUAAAAGAUAAAGCCAUCUUAGAGAUAAGAGAUGUCUAGCGCCACGGAUUGGUGAGACCGUUAUUUAUUUUUAUUUUUUUGUACAAGGAUGUAACACCAUCAAAGAUGUCAAGGAAGGGCUUUCUUUUAGACUGGGGGUCCCUGUUUGUAGUCAGACAAUUUUAUUCGAUGGAAGAAAUCUUGAAGACGACCGUGAUUUAGCAAGUUAUGGUGUCCAGAAGGAUUCCACUCUCCGUAUGCUCCACUAGCGUACUGUGAAUCAUUGAGAUAGCUGAUAUUUGGAAAACUUCGUAUUUUGAAGAGUAUGAUUGAGAAGAAACUACAACUACAAGCUCUCCCAAAGGAAAUAUACUUGGAUGGAGUAGCAUUGCAGGAUGGCCUUUCACUGGCAGAUUACAGGAUAAGCACUAAGCAGUGAUGCAACAGUGAGAAAAUACGGUGAAAGUGUCUUCCUUUUAUCUUGUUCAAUGUUUUCUAUGCAGUAUGUUGUUGAUCAAUGUUUGUUGAACAAUUCUUGUUUAGCCAAGUUGUAAUUAUGGGUCUAAAUCAACCUCUUCCUUUUUUCGAAGCCUACUUACAGGCCCAAUCACCGAAGCUGGACAAUUCUCGGCCCAAUGCUUGGUUAAAUAUUCUUUUCCACUCUCCGGCCUUCUCCGACUAUUCCGAACGACUGUGUCUUAUCGACCUCGUCGGAGCCGGUGCCCACCCCUAAUGAGUAAUGGCCAUGGCUAUGUUGGUAGCCUAGUGAC